CUUCCGGUUCCGGGCUGCCGAUGUUGCGGGUGGGACCAUGGCAGCCCAGGAAGCCACUUCAACCAGCCAGUCAGAGGAGAGCAGCGCUUUGGACCUGCCAUCAGCUUAUGACAUAAGAGACUACGUGCUGCAGAAGCCCUCCCAGGAGGCCAACAGUGAGGCUUUUAGUUCUCUGGAACCCUUUUCUUUUCCUUGCUCUUCUGAUGUGGAUCCAGAUACCAGUGACCAGAAUACUGAACAAAAUGAUUCUGGGACCUCUGAGAACUUCUGGCUUGACCCUUCUGUGAAAAGCCAACCAGAAGCCCAGGAGGAGGACGACGGACUUCGGAAAUCCCUGGAUAGAUUCUAUGAAACAUUUGGCGAUUCACAGCCAGCCUCUCGAGACCCACUCUCCACAUCUGUCUCCCAGUGCCUGUCUCAGAAAAUUGCUGAACUGAAGGGCCAGGAGAGCCAAAAGUAUGCCCUCCGCAGUUUUCAAAUGGCCCAGGUCACCCUCAACCGGGAUGGCUGCUCUGUCUUACAGAGGCAUUCCAGGGACAUCUCCUUCUAUCCACUGGAGGAAGGAAGUAUGUCUCUGGAUGAUGAAAAGCCGACCCCGGGACUUUCCAAAGAUGUUAUUCAUUUCCUCUUGCAGCAGAAUGUGAUGGAAGACCCCUAACUGGGGGAGCUCUGGGUGCCCGGUGGCAGGAGCAGGCCAUGUUAGAGGGGUAGCUGUUAUUGUACCACCAGAUCCCCGAGGGUCUCUUUUCCCAGCUCCAUGUGCCUGUCCCCCAGCUUCCGAGUGCCUUGCAGUUCAAGGCUGGCACUGUAACCUGGCCCUGGAACCAGUGCAGGCCAUAUGCAGAACCAGUGGUGUUUGGGAGCUUUGUAUCCCCAUGGCCACCCCUACCCACCCUUCCCCUCCCCUGGGCCUAAGGCCAGUGAUUGACGGGUUUGGAAGUCCAAAAGCUUAGCUCCUUGCUUCAAGAAAGGACAUACUCUGAGGAGUAAUCUACACUCCAGGGUUUCCCUCAGGAAUCAGGCUGAAGCUGGGACUUCACCUGAAAUCAUGCCCUUGCUUGACUUCUUCCCUUCCCCAUCCUUCUCCCACUCACUUACUGGUGUCUCCUGGGAGCCCUUCCUUCAUAAAUCUCGUGUACCUCAGUCCUUGAUUCAGGAUCUGCCCUAAGAGAACAAGCUUCCAUUGAAUGAGUUUUUAGAAGCAUGUUUUUUUACCUCAGUCCUUGAUUCAGGGUCUGCCCUAAGAGAACAAGCUUCCAUUGAAUGAGUUUUUAGAAGCAUGUAAAGUUCAAUGCUGAGUCUGUUGUGAAGGAUUAUACCAAGUAAAACUGAGGCCAUGUGACUGAGAAGGUAUGUCCCAAAAUAAUAUAAAGAUCUAAAUAUAGUUCCAAAAAGUACAUCACAUCUGAAUCAUACCCUGGCCUCCCCUCCAGAGCUGGAAUUCUCUGUUUUAUAAUACUAACUAGGUGUGGAAGGAACAUUUAGACAUUUAAAAUAACAGCUAAAACUCACAAAUAAAAAAACAGCAGUCUCUUUUUGUUUCCAUCAGACUGCAAAUGUGAAAGGUGAGAAGAAAACAAAUGGGUGCCACCCCCCAAGUAUGUGUAAGCACAGUUAUGGUAUGCUAGGCUGACGCGAUGCAGCCUUCUUGAUUUCUGGUUGAAAAGAAAAUGUCCUUUGUUCAAGUGGUGUUCUCCUUCCUCUCGUUAUGUGUGCCUCUGCCUGCCUGCUGCCAGCACCCUCUGUCACUCUUUAAUGGUUGGCCCCUCACCCUGUCCCAUCCUGGCUUCAGGCACCCUGGGCUCCAUCUGAAAACAUUGCCCAAGGCAGAUGCUCCCAGCCACCCUGGCCCUGCCCUCGGGGCCUCAGCUCUGCAUCACCACUGAGUGGCUUUAAAUAGCCAGUUCAGUUUUGUGCGCUAACAGAUGCUCUGCUCAGCAGGUCACAUCCUGAACCUGUUUGAGCCUCAGUUGGUAGAAUUACGUCACCUGGCACUAAGCCCUCUGGAACAGUAAUUGGAAGCUUCAGACUAAUCCCUACCUUGACACUUCUUCAGAAAGGGUUAUGUCACUGGUUUGGGGGGACAGCAAAAAAAAGAAGCUGGCAACACUGCAUAUAAAUUUUGAGAAACUUUAGGUGGAAUUUAAUUGGCAUAAGACCCCAAGAGCUUUCCAGAAAGCUGAUUAUACAAAAUGGGUCAGCCUAAAAGUAUACAUUAAAAUCAAGUGCGCCCUCUCAGGCAGGCCUCUUGAGGACUCUUGGAUAAAAAGAGGAGCCUUUUAAAGGUCAGGAAUUACAUACAUAAGGCUUCCUGUCCUGGGAAGAUCAGAGGUGAGAGUAGUGUUCCAAAAUGAAGUUCACGGGCACCAGUGGAAAGAGAUUGGAAGAGUAGGAAAUCAGAUACGAAUACAUCCUUGAGAGAUACUUGAGAAAAUAAGACCCCAGAUUUUCUUUCUGACAAUCAGCUGUCUGCAUCUUUCUCCAUGGGGAUCUCCUAGUCAACCAGCCCCCAAAUAAUUGUGAAACCAGUUGGACUUACAUGUUACAUUUUAAGUUCACCGGUUUCGUUCUUUUUAAAUGUGAAGCAAAUGAAUAGACGCCGUUGAAGAAUGCUGUUGUUUUUAGUAUUAUUCAGUCACUGAAAUAUUUGAGAUUUGUUGCCAUGAUUACCAACAAAAGAGACCGGACUAUUUUGUGCUGAUUUUAAAGGACAGUUGAGACAAGCUAUUCAGGCCUCCGUGUGGGGGAGCAGUAGCGUCUGCUUCCCAGGGAGAUUUUAGUUUCGGGACUUGUGUAACCUUCAUCACCGUUAGCGCUGACGGUGUUCAGCAAGAGGUAGAGUCUGAAAGCAGAGAAUUUAGACGUCUGAAAACCCGAAUCACCUUAGGGUAAGAGAGCAUGGUGUGUGUUUACUUGUAUCUGAGUAAGUGUUUGUGACAGGUGGGUACAACAUAUUUGAUUCCCUGCAAUCUUGCUCCUUAAUUUGGUCUUCAUGAGGUUAGGAUGGCAUUUUCCAUUUAUCCCUGGGAACCUUUAAUAAAAACUAAGAGAUAAGGCUAUUGAGGCUCUGGCCUAUGGCAUUAUUGUCUAAUUCUGCCCUACAGAUAGAUUCAUCAACAUCUUAUCGUCUUAAUGAGCGUUAUGACUGGCCUCUCUCUGAUAUUAUCUGUGGCCCUUCGCAGAUCUUCCAGGCUCUUUGUGAGGAUGGAUUGAUGCAAGAAUAUCAGAACCCUAGAAAACUGCUACCAGUUUUUUAAAUUGUGUAAUGAUUAUUCGUUUCAUUAAUCAGUUUCUUUGCAUGGCCAGUGCAAGGGCACAUGUAAUAGAUCUCAUUGCCAUAAAAUAAUACAGCAAUACUUGUUACACUUUUUAUUGAAAUAUAAUCAUCACUCAGAAAGGUGCACAUAUUAUUGUAAGUGGACAUCUCAAUGAUUUUCACAGGCGGGACCCACCUGCACAAAUAGGACCCGGAUGAGAAACAGACAUUGUCCAUCCGUCCAGCCACCCUCCGUUGUUUGACCCCCCACCCCCAGGCUCCCCCGGCAGCUCCUUUCCUUCCUGACCUCAACCUCGGGCCUUUCCCUGAGACACAAUCUUGAGCCCUGGUUAAUCCAAAUGAAAUCUCCGUGUUUGUUGGUCAAAAUGGCCACACUUCCGCAGUUUCAUAGGCUUCAAGUUCAUGUGUGCCGUUCUUUAAAGAAGUGAGCCCCUCUCAGAACUUCCGUGAUCACUUACAUGCCAACUUGCAAUUCCGUACUAAACUCCUGUCCUGUACCUCUAAUUUCCCAUGGAACAUUCUGCUUGGAUAUUUCCUUGUCACCAUAAACAAAUGUGUUAAAAAACUUCUUUCUGACAGGCUAACAUUCUCAUUUGGCGUCUCUAACUCAUCAUGACAUGCUAUUGGAAGGGAUCAGUCCCUGGAGAAGGGCAUCGUGCUUGGUAAAGUACAGGGUCAAUGAAAGAGAGCAAGACCCUCAAUGAGAUGGAUCGACGCAAGUGACUCAAGCAUUGCAGCGAUUGGGAAGAAGGUGCAGCACUGGGCGGUGUUUCAUUCUGUUGGACUUAGGGUCUCUCUGAGUCUAAAUGGACUGACAGCACCUAACAACAACAAUCCAUCAUGUGGUCCCCGGGUGGUACAAAAGGUUUGCGCUCAGCUGCUAACCAAGAGGUUAGUGGUUCAAACCUGCACAGGCCUGGCAGUCUACUGUUGUAUAGAUGUCUUCCGAAAAGAGAGCCCUAUAGAGCUCAUGGAGUCACCACGAAUUGGAAUUCACUUAACGGCGUGUUUUUUUUAAUCCAUCAAGGCGUUGACAUUUUUUAAGCCACUUAGACUUGAAAAUGUAUGGACUCAUUGUGACUUUCACUUCUAAACAUCCCACUAUAGCAUGGAGUGGUGGCUAAGAGCUGAGUUCCAGAAGCCAGGCUGCCUGGGCAUGAAUACUGACUACCAGAGUCCUUGGGCAUGUUACUGUGCCUCAGUUUCCCCAUCUGCAAAAAGGGGAUGAUAAUACUACGUAACUCAGGAGACUCAAAUGAGUUCAGAUUUGUAUAGAGUUGAGAGUAGCACCCGGCACAUUGUGUUUGUUAAAUUAUCUAUUUACCUUAAAAACACAACUAUCUGUUCUCCCUGCUUCAGAUUCUCCUUCUUCCAGCCUUUCCACAAACUGUUGUUAACUAUAUUGAUCUUCUUAAAUCACUGAAUCCCAUCCCAUCCCCCACAGAAACCUCCCAAGUUCCCCUUAAGACCAAAAGGAUGAAGCACAAAGCCAGGUGCACGCUGAUCUAACUCAGGUGCUCUGCCCCCUCCUCAUCCCUUGGACUUUAUGCUCAAGCUGUGCGGAACACAUUCCAUCCCUUCCUCAGCCACCAUGGCUCUCCUGAACUGUUCAUUUAUGCUAUUAAUCCUGCACCACAGGGCCAGCUUUUAGCUAUUCGCACGUGUACAUCUUCUGCAAAUAGACCAGAAUUUCCCAAAGGCCAGAGCGCUGUUCUUACCCAGGCUGGCUUGGGCCAGUGCUGGGUAAUACUCACCAUGGCAUGAAUUUGCUCUGUGUUCCCGCCUCCUGUUCAGUCUCCUGGUGAAGCCAGCUUGACAACUUUCUCUUGCCUACAAAUGAAACCAUAUCAUUUAAAAGCUACAGCAAGGGGCAGUAGGGUGCAUUUUACCUUCUGAGAGACAUCAUAGAAGAAGAAAGAGCCCAACUGCAGGCAUCAGAGGCAACAACACUGCCAUUAACAAGUGGAAUGUCCUGGGUGGCUCAUGUAACUCCUCUGGACCUCAUUUCCUCAUCUGCAAAAUGAGAACAUUAGCAAAGCUCCAUGUACCCCUUAGGCUCAAACAUUCUGUGACAAAUCUCCAAGAGGGCAGAUGGAUUCAGGAAACUGAUUUUCAAAUUGAUUGAGCGGCAUGGAGUUAUUGCAUGGAACAUUAAAUUGGUGUUCAGAACAAUUCAUUUCCUGUGUUUAGCUUAUCAACCAAUGUUUAUCAAGCAGCAUUUACUCUGCAAUACCCUAGGUUGAAUGCUAUGGAGACGCAGAUGUGGUAUCUUACAGGAUUCUUGGCCUCAAGGGGUUUAUUAUAUAAUCAGAGUUUAUUAUAUAAUCAAAGCUCACCAAGCACAUGAUCAAGCAAUUACUUUCUGUUUGUUUUUCUAAGACUCGUAACAUAAGGCAGUUUUACUUGAACCAUCAAAUAUAGUCCCUCUGUGAAUGAUGA